AUGGAGUCCCUCUUCGCCGCCGCCUGCUUCGCCUUCCUCCUCCUGAAUGCCGCUGGUGUGGAGUCCCGGCGGUGCCACUGCGACGACGACGACAGCAGCGGCCGCGGCGGCGGGGUCGAAAGCUCCGACCAGUCGUACGCGGGGCUGAUCGACGUGUUCAGGAGGCUGCUCCGGCACAAGAUCAUCGACAAAUACGACCUCAGCCAGUCCGUCGCGCUCGUCGCCAUCUCCGCCGGCGUGGACUACUCGGACGUCCCCACCGCUGGUGUGGAGUCCCGGCGGUGCCGCUGCGACGGCGACGGCGACGACUACGACUCCGACAAGCCGUCGUACGACAAGCUGUUCGUGUUCGGCGACUCCUUCGCCGACGCCGGAAACCUCCCCAAGGGGGAUCUGAAAUGGGAGACGCGAGGCUGGUACGCCAAGAUUAUCCUGGGGCAGAAGGAGGCCCCUCCGCCGGAGAGGCUGAGGCGGCACGACGGCGUGGACCUGUCCUCCGGCGUGAACUUCGCCAACUCCGGCUCCGGCGUGUUCCCGGGGUGGAACUUGGAUAAGCAAAUCAAGAAGUUCAAGAGGCUGCUCCGGAAAAGGAUCAUCGGCAAGGACCUCAGCCAGUCGGUCGCACUCGUCUCCAUUGCGUCCUGCGCCGACUACGCCGACGUCCCCAGCGACCUGCCCGACAUGGACCCCCUGUACAUCUCGAACGUGACGGACGGGAUCGUCGACGGCGUGAGGAAGCUUCAGGACCUGGGCGUCGGAAUAGUGCUGGUGAACCUGCUGCCCCCGCUAGGGUGCGCGCCCUUGAACACCAGGGCGGACAACUACGCCAGGUGCGAGAAGGACAAGAUCACGGGCGUCCACAACAAGCAUCUCACGCAGAAGCUGCGUGAUCUGAUGACGACUCGGUCCUCCUGCUCGACCUCAACGCCGUCUUCAAAAGCAUCGUCACUCCCAAGACCGGCGUGUCCGUGCUGCGAGAGCAUCGACGAGAACGGAUUCUGUGGGCAGGUCGACGGCGAAGGCAACCUGCAGUACACGCUGUGCGACAGACCGUACACGUACUUCUACUGGGACACCACCAACCCAACGCAGGCCGGAUGGAAGGCCGUCAUGGAGCAGCUCGAAGGCCCCAUCAGAGAGUAUCUGGGCAUUUAG